AUGUCGCCGACUCUCAUUCCACAGGCACUUGUCCCACGCUGGCAAGAUGUAUCUACUAUUCCGACAACGCCACUACAACAGUCGAUGCUGGCGUGCUCGAUCUUUUGGGUAGUCUUUGCUUUUGUGGUCUACUCCCUCCGGAUGUACAGUCGACAAAACGAUUGGGUGAUGACUGCAGCUAUGAUCUUUGAACUUGUAGACAUCGUAUCUGAGUAUUUGUACUUUCGUUACGGCUACGUGGGCUUUCCUGCAUCAGAUGUCCCAGCUCACGAUCCUGCCCCUGCUCUUCUUUGGGAAUACAUAAUGGAGAUCUUUUACAACCCAAUCCUGGCUCUGGUGAAGACAUCUGUCCUUGGUUUCUUACUAAGAAUAAGCAGUCAUAACAAGAACAUCCGUCUGGCAAUCUAUGUCGUUAACUUCGUCAACCUAGCACAGAUGGUAGCUCUUGUGAUAGUAGUUAUCUUCCAAACAUCUCCUAUUGAAGCUGCAUGGAACCCAAACGUUGAAGCCCUCUACUCUGUAGAUUUUGUGCAGUUUGCAGUUGCAUCAGGUGCAAUCACAAUUGCUACCGACGUACUGGUAUUGGCAAUUCCAAUCUGUGUCUUCAUCGGACUCAAUAUGCGUACUGCACAGAAGAUCGGCCUAAUUGUCUUAUUCCUCGCAGGUGGCGUUGUCACUACAGUCAGCUGUAUUCGUCUUGCCAUAAUGCAGAAAAGCUUCACGGAUCCUGCGUUUAAUUUCAACAACUCAUGGGGGCCAACAUGCGCCGGAAUUGAGACCAACUUGGCUAUUGUGACAGCAUGUGUGCCAGCACUGCGACCUUUACUUGUAAAGUGGCUACCGCAGUACUUCAAAGGAAAAACAACACAAGAUGGACCCUCUUGCGGUGCAUCAGAGCGACUUGGAAGGAAUGCAGGAACAAAUCGACACAAGAACCCUGGAGGUAGCGGUUUUGUUCUGAAGGAACUCAACCAGGCCCACGCUCAGAUCAGAGGAUAUUCUCCUGAUGGCAGUGAGGAAGAGAUCAUGACGUACAAUGGUAUUAUACGAACAACAAAUUUGUACAUUGUAUAUGAUAGCCCGCGUAUGAGGGAUGGACUUAAUAUGGAUUUUGAUGGCAGUGCAAGGCAUGACACGCGGGUUAACGCGAACGUGCUAAGCACUGCUGUUUAG